AUGACAGGCACGAGGACUGCAUGCAAGUCGUCGAUAGGCAGUGAGGAACGGCAUCUGGAAAAAGCUCCUGGUUCUAUCAUCCAUAUGCGUACUCAAAAUGUUCCUCCUCGUUUGCAUUACAUCAUCUUACGUGAAGAAGAAAAAAGAGCAUCUGGAGAGGCUUUUGGUGUUCAGAAAUGGAUGCGAUUGAGCGUCGAGAUGUCUGCGCAUGAAAGGACUUUCUGGGACUGUGAUUUCUCCUUGACUGGAAGAAAAUUUAACUCUACAUGCGCGGGGAAAAAUAAGAUUGUGAAGAAAAUAGAGCAGUCGCUGUAUAUAACGAGUACAAGCACUCCUCAGUUGGCUGUUGGAGAAGGCGCGAGAGAGAAGGUCGCUGGAAAAAACCUUGUGACUAUACAAGGUGUAUGGCGGGUGGAAGGGAAAGAAAUCAGAAACCUCAUUAUUAAUCCUAUCAAGCUUGGCUACCGUCAUUUUGAUUGUGUUGCUGAUCACAAGAGUGAAGCAAUAAUAGGGGAGGUGUUAGAAGCUUUCAAAACUGUGCUUGCUAAGAGGGAGGAUCUUUUCAUUACUACCAAGUAUCCACCAAGCAUGCUUGUGUGUAGUUUGAUAAUCUGAUCAGCUGGAGGUUCUUACGAUGAACAUAGGAAAUGGCUUGCAGAGCCGACAAAGAGUUGCGAUUAAACAUUGUCUAUUUCAUUGCUUAGAUGGUGCUCCUUCUGAACAUGUUUUUUAAGAUUUGACACAUUCAAUUUCUUGGGAAACAUGGAUAAAAUAGCAACGAGGAUUUCUCAGCUUGCAGUUCUAGCUAUCAUAGAAAUGGUUUUGCUGCCUCCUCUGCAUAAUACAUGGGGUGAGGGGGAAUCAAAACAAAUGGAAGAUAGGACAUGUAAAGUGGGAUCAAUUAGCAAA